AUGUCUACACCAUCCCACACUCCCAAAUCCACCCACAAACCCCACACCCCCCACGCCGCGUCUUUCUCCUCAUCAACCCCUUUCACAGGAGCAAUGCGCGACCGUCAAGCCCGCAACAAAGACUACCCGACGUCCGAGGACUCCGAUUCAUCGUGGGACGGGCCGAGUGGACGAUUCGAUGCAUAUGGCAAUGAUUCAUAUUCCAAUAUCCAACUGCGGCGCGACGCGGCUAUUAAACUGGAUAAUCCGGAAAUUGUCAUGAUGCUGGCUAUGGCUAGGAACGAUAGCGUCCCAGCUACGAGAAACUAUCUAAUGAACAUCAUGUGUGGCUUUACUACGCAAGAGGACCUAGAGGCCGAGGAAGCGCUGAGGGACGAGAAGGGCAAGGCAGCGGGAUCUGGGUCUGGGUCCGCAUCGCGGAGGCUUUUUUCUGGGUAA